AUGGAAGGCGCGCCUGCUGAAAGCCACGCCGAGAUCCCCGCCCAGUUGCGCCAGAGGAUGUUGAGUCGCGCUUCUACGUUUGCAGAGGGUGUGCGACCGGCGACGCCAAACACUCCUCGCCGGCGCAGCUCUCUCUUGUCCACACGAUCCUCCACAGAUAGCCUGCGCACGCUUCGAAACAAUGACAUGGACCGGGCCACUGUCUCGGACGACCACUCUUCCUGGUUGCACUCGAGCUCCGUCUUGGUGGCUAUUGUGCCAGCAGUCGCGGCAUUGAUUCAUCCACAGGGCGGCACUCUAGCAACAGAUCUCUUCCUGCUCUCGCUCUCGGCUUGGUUUUUGGGCAGGCAGUGGUAUGUGGACGCUCAACAACGACAAUACCUCGAUGCAGAAGACGCAGAGUAUGAUGACACCAUCUACGAAGAAGAGGAGGGCAGCACGGGCACCAAUCCAGAGUCGACUGACCCUGUCGCGGAAGGUGCGGAGGACGCCGGAAGUCCAAGCACAGAACACACGCCGCGCAUCGUGGACCCGCGAGAGAGCGCUCGCAGUAAGCUGAAGCGAAUCGAGCUGCUGGCCCUCGCCGCCUGCUUCCUUGCGCCCGUGGCCGCAGCCUAUGUCGUACACUACCUGCGCUCGCAAUUCACACACAGGGCGAGGGACGGCAUAGUGACCGACCUCAACCUGUUCUUCUAUGUCUGCGUAGCCGAGGCUCGACCAGUGAGCCAUCUCUUCGACAUGAUCGGCAAGCAAACACUGCAUCUCCAACGUCUCGUGGCAGAGCCACCUGAACAGCCCAGAUCUGGAAUCGCACAACGGCUUCCGCAGCGAUUGGCAGCGCUCGAAGCGCGAUUGGACGACCCUGUCAGCAACGACAUUGACAUGAACAGAAUUACCAACGAAGUACGACAGACAAUGCAGUACCAGCUUGAUGCUCUCAAUCGAGCUGUCCGCAAAUACGAAAAGAAACAGCUUGCGCAAACGAUGCAGAUCGAGGCGCGCUUCCAGGACAUUGAUGUGCGGCUCAGAGACACCCUUUCUCUGGCGGCUUCUGCCGCCAGGACUGGGCAGAAACCAGGCAUUGCCGCUACAACGCUCACCUGGCUGUCUGGUCUUUUGGCGUACGUGGUUCAGAUGGCUUGGGACGUCGCGCUCUAUCCAUUCCGCGUGGCGUUGUCCGUCGUCGAAGCAGUCAAGACGAAGGCGGACGAAUGUGCACUCUUCAAUGUCAUCAACGUCUAG